UUCAGUCACAUAAUCAGCAUGUGUACGUCGUUUCUUUAGUGCUUAAUAUUAUAAAUUAAGAAUACUUAAAACCAAAUCUUUAUAUAAUAUUGAUUGUCAGAUAAACAUUAACCCAACAAAGUCUCUCUCCCUCUCCUAUUCAACUUUUUCAGUUACUUUACUCCGUUCAUCUUUUAUUUUUCUUUUCGUCGAUUCUCAUCAAUACUACAAAAAUAUAUACUUCUAUAUAUCGUGCAGAGGUUACAUGCAUUGUACAAUUUUGUUGUCCCGAGAAACAAGCGGAUCAGAGACAAAAUCAGAGUCGGUUUCCUGCUUUUUGAUUCCUCUUUAUUAAUCAGCAAAGAUCGAUUCCACUUCUCCUCUCUCUCUCUCUCUCUGUUCUUUAAUUUAGAGAGAAAAAAUAAGCAUUCUUCCUUCUCUGUUUUCGAGCGGGAAAUUCUGGAGAUGGCUAUACAAGCGCAGUUGAAUUACAACGCUCCGAAUGCGAAUCAAAUCGGUUUUGGUGGGUCCGAGUUUUCUUUGAUCAACAACAAUGGCGUUAUCGGAAUCGGUAACGAUCAGUCUUAUCUUGUCAAUAAUCUCCAGUUGCAGAAAGAUUUCAACCAACAUGCUCUGUUUCAUCAUCAGCAUCAUCAACAACAACAGUCUCCUUCUCAAAGCUUUUUAGCUGCUCAGAUGGAGAAACAGAAGCAAGAGAUCGAUCAGUUCAUCAAAAUACAGAACGAGAGGUUGAGAUAUGUGUUGCAAGAACAGAGGAAGCGAGAAAUGGAGAUGAUUUUACGGAAAAUGGAGAGUAAAGCUUUGCUUUUGAUGAGUCAGAAGGAAGAAGAAAUGUCGAAAGCAUUGAACAAGAACAUGGAACUCGAAGAUCUGUUGAGAAAAAUGGAAAUGGAGAAUCAGACGUGGCAGAGAAUGGCUCGUGAGAACGAAGCAAUUGUGCAAACGCUUAACACAACGCUCGAACAGGUUCGCGAGAGAGCCGCCACGUGUUACGACGCUGGUGAGGCAGAGGUGGAGGACGAAGGGUCGUUUUGCGGCGGAGAAGGAGACGGGAAUAGUUUGCCGGCGAAGAAGAUGAAGAUGAGUAGUUGUUGCUGCAAUUGUGGGUCUAACGGAGUAACGAGAGUUCUGUUUCUGCCGUGUAGGCAUCUCUGUUGCUGCAUGGAUUGCGAGGAAGGGCUUCUUCUUUGUCCGAUCUGUAAUACCCCCAAGAAAAGCAGAAUCGAGGCCCUCAUUUUCUAGGGAAAAUCCUUUCUUUUCUCUCACCGGAAAAAUGCUUGCCUUUGUGUUCCGGUGAACGGAGAGUUUUUACUCCGGGUAGAUGACGUGGCAGGGUAAUUUGGUAAAAAUAGGGGAGGAAAGGAAAGUGAGAAUAGGGAAAGGUUAGAAAUAGUAAAAGGUUAUCUCAAGAAGUAAAUUCUGAUUAGGGUUUUCAUUUUCCCUUUUUGUUUUUUGGUUCUUUUUCCAUUCAAUGGAGAAAAAAAAGGAACCCAGCUGGAUUUGAUGAACAUAAUUCAUAUUUUCCUUCUAUCUAAUGAAUUUUCGGAUAUAAAGUUUGAAUGCCAU